AUGAGGCCGGAAGCGGGGAGAACUCCCCUUUCACUCCAUAGAUAUUGUGGGGUGUCUGCCCUGCGGCAGGUGCUGGCCUUGGCCCCGGCGGGGACAGAGCCGUGGGCCAAGCACACAGCCCCCUCCCCCGUGUGUGCGGGAGCUAUGCCCCCCACCCCGGGCCUUGUGCUGAGCCCCACACAGGGUGAUGGGUGGGGGGUGGAAAGACAGAAGGCGCUGGAAGGCCCGGGAGCAGCUGUCCCUGGCAGCCACCUCCCUCCACAGCAGGCUGGCUGUCCUCAGGUUCCCACGGGCGGUCGAGCAGGGGGACAGUCAACGACAUCUAAUCACCCCUGUGGCUAUCUGGUUUCCUCCCUGAAAUGGGAAGAGAUGGUGCCGCAAAGCUCUCUUGUUUUGUGUCCCCUGCCUUCUAAUCGUGCCUUUGGUGGCUUGUCUUCCGUCGAUGCCCAGCUCAUCCCUCUCCCAGAGGACCCUCCCCCGCAGGCACUGGUGUCUCCUCAGACCUGGGCCCUGGCUGGGUCCCCAAGUCCUUGGCGCGUCCCAGCUGUCCUGCACCCCCACACUGGCAGACCCACUCUGAUAACCACUCGCUGGCUGUAUCUUGACAGCGACCUGAGGAGAUAA